GGCACGCGAGAUUUGGGAUUUUAGGGUUUUAACUGCUCUCGCCAUUUGGCAAUGGAGAUUGAUGGUUUAGGGAGCGAGGAGCUCUUCCGCGCGGCGGAGGCCGGCGACGCCGAUCCAUUCCGGAGGAUCGACCAAGAUCACGAGCUCGCGAGGAUCCUGGCAUUGAGGAAUGAGGACGAGCGCAGUCUGAUCCACGUCGCGGCGGGAUCGGGGCAUGUCGAGAUUGUGAGGAUUCUUGCGGCUGCUGGCCCUGGAUCGGUGGAUGCGAGCGACGAGGAAGGCUGGACGCCGCUGCAGUCUGCUGCCAGCAGUGGUCAUGCCAAAGUUGUGGAGGUUUUGCUACAAGCAGGGGCGGACGUACAGAAGCAAAACAAUGGAGGUCGAACUGCUCUUCACUACGCUGCCAGCAAAAAUCGCGUCGAGAUCGCUAGAGCAUUGAUCUUGGCUGGUGCGAAGAUUGACAAAAAAGACAAGGUUGGAUGUACACCUUUACACCGAGCUGCUAGUGCCGGGCAUGCGAGUGUGUGCGAGCUCUUGCUCGAGGAAGGCGCAAAUGUUGAUGCCACCGAUGGACAGGGCCAGACACCUCUUAUGCAGGCAACAAUUUGCGGUAACGACCAAGUGGCCUUUCUUCUACUCCGCAAUGGCGCUGAUAUUGAUAUCGAAGACAAAGAAGGCUUUACUGUUCUUGGACGGGCUCCUGACGCACUGAGAUCGGCUCUUGUAGAUGCAGCUAAAGCCAUGCUCGAGGGUUGACGACGUGUAUUCGUCAAAUCGAGGUUCUCUUUUCCAACCCUUUUUUGUUCCUCUAUCUCUAUCCUAUGACUUUUUCUGAUUUUGAAAGAAGCUCCUGCCGCGAAAGACCGGAGGUUUUAGUA